CACGGACUUGCGGACGUAUUGUCCAAUCAGAGCUCUUGAACUGAGGUGCGUGUAUUAGAUGCGACGAUAUGUCACACGUAUUGAGUCCACUGAGAACUCAUCAGCUGUCUGAAGAAGUGUGCGUAGUCUGAAGAGGCAGAAUGGGUAGAAGUUAUUUUGUAGAUGAAGCUGUGGAGGAAUAUCUUAGUGGGCUUCAGGCAGCUCCUGGAUCAUGUGUGACCGGACUCCUGGCUGGUCAAUCCUCUCCUCAGAGAGAUUUUGUGGUGCUGGCUGUGCAGACUCCUCACAGGGAGAGUGAGGGGCAGCCGAAGGCUUCGAAAGGGGUCGGCCCACUGGAUGACAUUGAUGUGGAGUGGGUCACAGAACAUGCCAAGCAGGUGUCCCGCAUGUUACCAGGGGGUCUUAGUGUUCUUGGCCUGUUUUUAUUGACCCCACCUGAACUCUCCAAAGAUGCCCAAAAUGCAUUAAAAAGGCUUAUAUUUGCCAUGGAGAAAUACAUAAUUAAGGGGAGAUUGUGGGAACUGUCAGAGGAGGAUGUGACUGAUCGAGUCACCCUGCAUAUCUGCUCCAAAACAAAGAAACUCGUCUGCAAAACAUUUGAUGUAAAAGAUCCAAAGAGUUCAGCCAAACCAGCAGACUGGAAGUAUCAGACCAGUAUCUCAUCGUCCUGGCCCAUGCUGACCUGCUCUGUUGAGGUAGAUCUGCAGAUCCCUGUGACAGGAUCUUCUUCUGAUAACACAGACAAGUGCAUGAAGGAUGGUCUCAGGAGGUGGGCUAAACAGAUCGAGGCUGCUUACUGUCUCGUAAAUGGCAGGCAGGCAUUAGAUGACUCUGAACUCAUAUCAGGACAGAAGAAGAACCCCAAAACAACCAAUCGUCAGACACUGCCAACACGGAUCUUUGUCUCAGACGAACAGUCAGAGCUGGAUGAGCGGAGCACUGCUCUGGUUCAGGUGUGCAGUGGCUCCAUGAGGGUUCGAGGGGUGGUUCACUGCAGGGCCUACAUCCACAACAACAAACCCAAAGUCAGACAUGCAGCACAGGCCAUUAAGAGAGACCUCAUAAACACGGUUUGCUUCAGAGUGGAGAUGUUUCUGGAAGAUCUUUUAAUAAAUGAAGGGAGUCAGAAAGGUUUGUGCAGUGGGCAGCAGGCUCUUCCUCGACGUGUGUUUGCACCGAUGCCCAUCUCUGGCCUGUCUGUGUGUGACUACAUGUUCCCAGACGAAAGUACGGCUGAUGUGGCCGAGCGUCUGAAAGAGAUGCUGGACUGCGAAACACCAGAAGAGGACAUAGAUACUAGUUUGGAGAGCAUAUUUUCCGCUAUUUCUGGAUCUGAGAUAACGGACAGCCAUGAUGAUGAUUCCAGUAAGCAUGUCAUCUCAGAAAUCCAAGCUGAAAAUCCCAUAAUUCAGAAAGCCCCUCAAUAUUAUGCGGGUGUGGCCAUAGCAGCAGCCGUUGCUCUCCUUGCCACAGUCACAUCUCUACUGUAUUUCAAUUAAUGGAAAAAGCUAAAACUUUUGUAUGAAUGAUUGUGUAACUAUGCCUAAGUGAGUGUGUAUGUUUGUAUAAUUAUACUCUGUGAUGUUAAAUAUGAUUUAAAAUAUAAUUGUAAAAAAUAUAUAAUAAGUUGAACUAUUAUAGAAAUAUAUAAAAUACAAUAUAAGGCAAAAGUAUAUGGAGACUCCUUGGCUAUUUGGGUCAAGCCAAAUCUUAAUGUUACACAAUACAAAUACAUUCUAGAGGAUUAUGUCCCCAACAUUCACUGAUGGGUUCAUUUUCUUCUGAAAUUAAAUGUUUUUUUUCUUUCCUCAGUAUAUUGUCACUGUGCCAUUUGUCAUGUGAUUAUCAAACCAGUUUCCUCUGGCUUCUGUAACAGCGCAGCAUUAAAGGCAUAAAGGAACUGUUCUAUUAACUUUAACUGAAUGGAAAAUGCCCUUGGCAUGAAAUAUAAUCACUGAAAACUA